GCUAAUGCGUUUUCCCGGAAGUGAGCGCAAAAUAUAAACACAUUUUCGCCGUUUGUGGUUUUCAUACCUGCAAGAUCUGCAGCAAAUACGUCAAAUCGUUUGACCGCAAAAAUGGCAAGUGUGCAGUGUGUAUCCAAAGGGUGUGCUGCGCCCGGACCGGUGCCAGCCGGUUCCAUCAGACUGUACAGCAUGAGAUUUUGCCCAUUUGCUCAGCGGACCCGACUGGUGCUGAAUGCUAAAAACAUCAAGCACGACAUCGUCAACAUCAACCUGAGAGACAAACCUGUUUGGUUCCUGGAGAAAAACCCUUUGGGCCAAGUCCCUACCUUGGAGACGCCGGCGGGGGAAGUGAUUUACGAGUCUCCCAUCACCUGUGAGUUCCUGGACGAGGUGUAUCCUGAGAAGAAGCUACUUCCCGACACGCCCUUUGGAAAAGCCCAGCAUAAGAUGUUGCUGGAGAAAUUUUCCAAGGUAACACCACUAACCUACAAGAUUCCAAUGGGCAGACUGAAAGGCGAGGACGUCUCUGGACUUCAUGCUGAACUGAAGCAGAAGUUUCGCGAACUCAACAAGGACCUGGCAAAGAAGAAAACAAAGUUCUUCGGCGGCGAUUCAGUCAACAUGACUGAUUACAUGAUGUGGCCUUGGUUUGAGAGGUUGGAGGCCUUCGAGUUGAAAGACUGCUUGGAUGAUGCACCUGAGCUGAAGAAAUGGGUGAAGUUCAUGUCCGAGGACCCUUUUGUCAAAGUUAGCGGGCACAGCGUGGACAUCUACAAGGCCUACUACAAGACCUACUUGGAGGGCAAACCCAACUUUGACUACGGCUUGUAGACGUGAGACAAUCUUGACCCACGCCUUUGUUUUUUGUUUUUUUGUACAAGUGCUGAGUCACACUCCACUGAUGAAUAAAACCUGUUCUGGUACUCUGCAUGUUGCCAGGACUGAAUUUUGCAAAGUCA